AAUUGUAAGUUAAAAGUACUAAUGUGUCAGUCGCAUUUCGACUCGAUGACAGAUUCCAGUGGCAGCAGUGACGGUGGAGCGCCUACUGUGGACACCCAGAUAAUUGGGGACAGCAGCAGUGACAGCAGCAGUGACAGCAGCAGUGACACUGGAACGUCUUCUGUGCUCCCCCAGAGAAGGAUGGACAGCAGCAGUGACAGCGACAGUGACACUGGAACGCCUUCGGUGUCCCCUCCAAAGAAGAGGGAAAGCAGCAGUGACAGCGACAGUGACACUACAACGUCUUCGGUGUCCCCUCCAAAGAAGAGGGAAAGCAGCAGUGAUAGCAGCAGUGACACUGCAGCGUCUUCGGUUUCCCCUCCAAAGAGGGAGAGCAGCAGUGACAGCGACAGUGACACUGCAGCGUCUUCGGUUUCCCCUCCACAGAGGGAAAGCAGCAGUGACAGCAGCAGUGACACUGCAGCGUCUUCGGUUUCCCCUCCAAAGAAGAGGGAAAGCAGCAGUGACAGCGACAGUGACACUGCAACGUCUUCGGCGUCCCCUCCAAAGAAGAGGGAAAGCAGCAGUGACAGCGACAGUGACACUGCAACGUCUUCGGUGUCCCCUCCAAAGAGGGAAAGCAGCAGUGACAGCAGCAGUGACACUGCAACGUCUUCGGUGUCCCCUUUAAAGAGGGAAAGCAGCAGUGACAGCGACAGUGACACUGCAACGUCUUCGGUUUCCCCUCCAAAGAGGGAGAGCAGCAGUGACAGCAGCAGUGACAGCAGCCGUGUGCCCACCCAGAGGAGGGAUAACCGCAGUGACAGCAACAGUGACAUUGGAAUGCCUUCAUCCCCUGAGUUGAACAGUGACAGCAGCAGUGACAGCAGCAGUGACACUGCAGCGUCUUCGGCGACCCCGCCAAAGAGGGAAAGCAGCAGUGACAGCAGCAGUGACAGCGACAGUGACAGCGACAGUGACAGCGAUAGUGACACUGCAACGUCUUCGGUUUCCCCUCCAAAGAGGGAAAGCAGCAGUGACAGCGACAGUGACAGCGACAGUGACACUGCAACGUCUUCGGUUUCCCCUCCAAAGAGGGAAAGCAGCAGUGACAGCAGCAGUGACAGCAGCAGUGACAGCAGCCGUGUGCCCACCCAGAGGAGGGAUAGCCGCAGUGACAGCAACAGUGACAUUGGAAUGCCUUCAUCCCCUGAGUUGAACAGUGACAGCAGCAGUGACAGCAGCAGUGACACUGCAACGUCUUCGGUUUCCCCUCCAAAGAGGGAAAGCAGCAGUGACAGCAGCAGUGACACUGCAACGUCUUCGGUGUCCCCUCCAAAGAGGGAAAGCAGCAGUGACAGCGACAGUGACACAGCAACGUCUUCUGUUUCCCCUCCAAAGAAGAGGAAAAGCAGCAGUGACAGCAGCAGUGACACUGCAACGUCUUUGGUGUCUCCUCCAAAGAGGGAAAGCAGCAGUGACAGCGACAGUGACACUGCAACGUCUUCGGUGUCCCCUCCAAAGAGGGAGAGCAGCAGUGACAGCGACAGUGACACUGCAACGUCUUCGGUGUCCCCUCCAAAGAAGAGGGAAAGCAGCAGUGACAGCGAUAGUGACACUGCAACGUCUUCGGUGUCUCCUCCAAAGAGGGAAAGCAGCAGUGACAGCGACAGUGACACUACAACGUCUUCGGUGUCCCCUCCAAAGAAGAGGGAAAGCAGCAGUGACAGCGACAGUGACACUGCAACGUCUUCGGUGUCCCCUCCAAAGAGGGAAAGCAGCAGUGACAGCGACAGUGACACUACAACGUCUUCGGUGUCCCCUCCAAAGAGGGAAAGCAGCAGUGACAGCAGCAGUGACACUGCAACGUCUUCGGUGUCUCCUCUAAAGAGGGAAAGCAGCAGUGACAGCGACAGUGACACUGCAACGUCUUCGGUGUCCCCUCCAAAGAGGGAAAGCAGCAGUGACAGCAGCAGUGACACUGCAACGUCUGCGGUGUCUCCUCCAAAGAGGGAAAGCAGCAGUGACAGCGACAGUGACACUGCAACGUCUCCGGUGUCCCCUCCAAAGAGGGAGAGCAGCAGUGACAGCAGCAGUGACACUGCAACGUCUUCGGUGUCCCCUCCAAAGAAGAGGGAAAGCAGCAGUGACAGCGACAGUGACACUGCAACGUCUUCGGUGUCUCCUCCAAAGAGGGAAAGCAGCAGUGACAGCGACAGUGACACUACAACGUCUUCGGUGUCCCCUCCAAAGAAGAGGGAAAGCAGCAGUGACAGCGACAGUGACAUUGCAACGUCUUCGGUGUCCCCUCCAAAGAGGGAAAGCAGCAGUGACAGCGACAGUGACACUGCAACGUCUUCGGUGUCUCCUCCAAAGAGGGAAAGCAGCAGUGACAGCGACAGUGACACUGCAACGUCUUCGGUGUCCCCUCCAAAGAAGAGGAAAAGCAGCAGUGACAGCGACAGUGACAGCGACAGUGACACUGCAACGUCUUCGGUGUCCCCUCCAAAGAAGAGGAAAAGCAGCAGUGACAGCGACAGUGACAGCGACAGUGACACUGCAACGUCUUCGGUGUCUCCUCCAAAGAGGGAAAGCAGCAGUGACAGCAGCAGUGACACUGCAACGUCUUCGGUGUCCCCUCCAAAGAGGGAAAGCAGCAGUGACAGCGACAGUGACACUGCAACGUCUUCGGUUUCCCCUCCAAAGAGGGAAAUCAGCAGUGACAGCGACAGUGACACUGCAACGUCUUCGGUGUCCCCUCCAAAGAGGGAAAGCAGCAGUGACAGCAGCAGUGACACUGCAACGUCUUCGGUGUCCCCUCCAAAGAGGGAAAGCAGCAGUGACAGCGACAGUGACACUGCAACGUCUUCGGUUUCCCCUCCAAAGAGGGAAAGCAGCAGUGACAGCGACAGUGACACUGCAACGUCUUCGGUUUCCCCUCCAAAGAGGGAAAGCAGCAGUGACAGCGACAGUGACACUACAACGUCUUCGGUGUCCCCUCCAAAGAAGAGGGAAAGCAGCAGUGACAGCGACAGUGACACUGCAACGUCUUCGGUGUCCCCUCCAAAGAAGAGGAAAAGCAGCAGUGACACUGACAGUGCCAGCGACAGUGACACUGCAACGUCUUCGGUGUCCCCUCCAAAGAAGAGGAAAAGCAGCAGUGACAGCGACAGUGACACUGCAACGUCUUCGGUGUCCCCUCCAAAGAAGAGGAAAAGCAGCAGUGACAGCGACAGCGACACUGCAACGUCUUCGGUUUCCCCUCCAAAGAAGAGGAAAAGCAGCAGUGACAGCGACAGUGACACUGCAACGUCUUCGGUGUCCCCUCCAAAGAAGAGGAAAAGCAGCAGUGACACUGACAGUGACAGCGACAGUGACACUGCAACGUCUUCGGUUUCCCCUCCAAAGAAGAGGGAAAGCAGCAGUGACAGCGACAGUGACACUGCAAUGUUCUCUGGGUUCCGUGCUUGCCUGACCCGCGAGGAGCUGGCCAAUGAGGCCUACUGCCCCGGCUCGUGCCGAAUGAUGGUGAACGACCAGUUCCGUGACAAGAUCCAGCGGCACCAGGCCGUGGCCGUCAGGAAGUGCUGCAGGUCGGUCAACGGCAAAAUCUUCUGUCGUAAUGGCAUCGUGACUCUCCCCUGUGGCAGCGGGAAGACCAUCGUCGGCGUGUGCCUCAUGGCCGUGGCACAAGCCAGCACUAUGAUUGUGGUUCAGACCAUGGAAUAGCAGAGCCAAUGGGUGAGAACGCUCCUGCGCUGGACUUACCUGAAGGAUAAGGACAUAUUCGCCUGGACAAGUGACCGCAUCAGCGAGAGACAGAGUAAGGCUUCUGUCGUCGUGUUGACCUACGCAAGACUGGUGGCGAUCUGGAACACCAAAAUUAACGACAAUCCCCAUGCAAAUAGUCUUUUGUCCAAGAAGUACGGCCUCGUCUUGCUCGACGAGGUUCACCAUCUGCCGGCACCGGAAAACAGUAAGGCCCUAUAACACCUCAAUUACCUGUGGAAAGUCGGGUUGACUGCUACUACCGUCAGAGAGGAUGGCAGAGAAGACUAACUACAAAGACUUGUAGGACCAAUCCUGUGUCAGUACCCUAUACGCACACUCGUUGCUAGGGGGGUCAUUGCACCGGUCUUCUGUAAGUAUAUCAGCGUGGAAAUGCCACCAGGUUUCUUGCGUGCAAUUACGAAGACCAAGUCUGUGUCUUUGGAAAUGAAACUGUCAAGCAUCAACCCCAAUAAAUUUUUAGCCCUGC